UGAUUCACUUAUUCAAUAUUGAUUUUUAUAAAACACCGCACUGAAUUCCAAACUUAUUCCAAUUAUAUUUUACUAAGUCAACAAAAAAUGGUAUCCGUGUCCACGCCGAAGAUUAUGUUGUGUUUGUUGGGGAUCAUAAUUUUGUUCUCGAAUCAAGCGUCCGGUGUUAGCGAUCAAACCGAAUGGAAAGUUGAUUACGAUAACCAUAUUUGCAUGCAAUUGCAGGUUGGAGAACGAAAAGAUCUAACAUUUAAAAUCAUAAAUUUGGAUAAAGCGGCUUUGGUGAAAUCCGCAGCAGUUAUUCGUUUAGUUAGUAACAACACUAAAGUGGUGAAAAUAUCAAAAGAAAUUCCCGCAAAUGACAUUGAAAACAACAGUUAUGAAGGCCAAAUCACACUCAAUCCAACUUAUAUUGGAAAUACUUAUAUCUACGUCGAAAUCGAUUAUACUCGCGACCGAAGAACUGAAUAUUCAGAAAAAUAUUUAUACGUUGAAGUGUAUCGACGAUCCUUCCACUUGUUCAAUCCAUAUAUUUCACAUAUUAUAAAUAUCGUUGUGUUUUUUAUUCUGGGAAUGGUUUUAGAUUCGAAAAAGUUGCUAGAAAUUUUGAGAAAACCAAUUGGACCCGCGUGCAUAUUAUUCGUGAAAUUUCUAUUCGCCACGUUCGGUGUGGCGUUGUACUUGUUUCUAUUCCCAGCUUCUGGUCUGAAUCAAUUUUUAUUCAUUCUAUUCUUCGAUGGAAUAACAAAUAUUGUGAUCAUCCGACAUUAUUUCGUCUGGGCAGUCAUCUUGAAGGGAAAUAUGGAAUUAUCUUCGUUGACAAAUGUGAUUAAUAUUGCGUUGAGCAUUGGUGCUGGAAACAUACUAUUAUUAUUUCUCAAAUAUUCACCACCCGAAAUGGAAGUUUUCGCUGAAUUAUGCAAAGAUAGUUUUUUCUAUAUAUUUGUUCCUUUAUGCGUUGGUUUUGGUGUUGGUUAUUUGAUUACGCAACAUAUUUCACAUUUGACCAAUAUCAUCAAGUUCUUGUUGGAAGUAGUCUUUUCACCAAUUUUAAUUGUGGUCAGUACCUGCGUUCAUCUAACAGACGGUUUAGACUUAUACGUAUACAGAAUGUUUAUGGUUAAGUCGCUUCUGAUUGGUUUCAUCUGGCCAUUCCUAAUAUAUUGCGCCUCAUUGUUGAUAACACGACUGAUGAAAUUUGAACCAAAAGACCGAAGAUCAAUCACAGUUGAAGUAAUCAUUGCAAAUCUUUUGUGCGGUAAAUGGAUUUCUUCUUUUAUUAUAUGGAGAAGUCCAGUGGGCGACCAUGAAUUGGCUGAUCAAUUAUACCCGGCAAUGUUUGGUAUGACAUUCAUGAUAUUGACUGCACAUUGCAUUUGGAUUUAUGUCGAAGGACAGCAGAAACCCAGCAAAAUUCAAUACCCAAGGCUAUGAAUCACCAUCAAAAAUAACUUUUGAUUAGUAACACUGCACA